AGACCCGCACUGUACCGGAGUGUCCCAUUCCGUAUCGUGCGAUCGGUGCUGACUAGUCGCGUGCCCUUUCGCGUGUGAUCAAUCCUCACUGCAAGUUAGGCGUUAGCGGUGCGUGUAAAGUGCAUUUACCGUCCAGUGCCGAAGUGAACAUGAAGCUGCAAAUUGCUCUACUACUUACCGUCGCCAUUAUCGGAACCGGGUCCGCCGCCAAAUUCCCAAAUGCCUUCUCGCGAUGCAAACAGGAGGAUGGCAACUGUUUACUGGAGGCGGUCACUGCCACCUUCCGGAAUUUCCACAAAGGAGUUCCGGAAAUUGGGCUGGUACCACUAGAUCCGUUGCGCAUCGAUAAAAUGGACAUCGUGCAAGGGGAUGGUCCAAUCAACAUCGUACUAAACUUCAAAAAGGUGGACCUAGGUGGAUUCCGGGAGGCUCAAAUUAAGAAAAUCAACGGAUUCACUUCUAAUCCUACCAAGAUGGAGAUGAACCUUCUCGUUCCGGUUGCUUCACUCGUCGGAGGUUAUAGAAUUAAUGGCAAAGUGUUGAUCCUUCCCAUUCAAGGUGAAGGAAACAGCAAUAUGACUAUGGUUAACUGUGAUAUAUCGCUAAAGUGGACCGGCAAGCUUGUGGAGAAGAGUGGCCAACAAUUUUACCAAGUCGACAAGUUUAAGGUGCACUUCGACACCAGCCGGUUCUACAUGGACUUUUCGAACCUGUUCAACGGUGAUAAGGCGCUUGGCGAUAAUAUGAAUGUGUUCCUGAAUGAUAACUGGCAGGACAUCCUAAAGGAACUGAAGCCUGCGAUAUCAGCGGCAUUUACAAAGAUUUUCCAGGCUGUUGUUAGCAACGUUUUCAACAAAGUGCCUUACAACGAGCUUUAUCUCGCUUAUCCGCUAGUAUCGAUCACAGUGUCUCGACGUUCAGCCAUCAUGAAUCGAUUGGUGAUUUUUGUGCUUCUGGCAGGAUUGGUGGCUUUAGGCGGUGGAAUCAAAUUACCUGCUUCAUACAGUCAGUGUAAGACGGGCGAUGAGCCGUGCGUCGUGCAAGCCAUAACCAAUACAUUCCAAAAGUUCCAAGGCGGCGUUCCGGCACUGGGUCUCGCAUCCCUGGAUCCAUUGCGCAUCGAUGAGAUGGACAUUGUGCAGGGUACAGGGCCGGUUAACAUAGUGUUAAAUUUUAAAAAUGUUGACAUCACCGGUUUUAAGGACGUUGCAGUGAAAAAAGCAAAAGGUUUCACCGAAACUCCCAACGUGAUGGAGAUGAACCUACGACUACCAGUUGCUUCACUUGUUGGCAGUUACAAGAUUAAAGGAAAAGUCCUUAUUUUACCUAUCCAGGGUGAGGGUAUCAGCAACAUGACAAUGGUGAACUGCGAUUUUCUGAUGAAGUGGAACGGCGCGCUAGAAAAGCGAGCGAAUGGUAAAGAGUACUACCAGAUGAACAAAAUUAAGGCUACGUUUGAUACCACUCGCUUCUACAUGCAUCUGACGAACUUGUUCAACGGUGAUAAGGCACUGGGUGACAAUAUGAACCAGUUCCUGAACGACAAUUGGGAGGACAUCCUGAAGGAGCUAAAGCCCGCCAUCAUCGGAGCUUUCACGAAAAUCUUCCGUGCUAUUAUAACGAAUGUGUUUGAAAACGUUCCUUAUGAAGAGCUAUUCUUACCAAAUGCCUAAUAGCGAUAGCGACUAUUUCUAAAUGUAAGUAACUGUUUUGUGAUGUUGUACAAUAAACUAGUUUUCUUGACUGCUAGUAGGCAAUCAAGAUGAAACGUUA